AUGCCUCCUCCUUCAUUACUCCCUCCAACCAAACAACAGCAACAUCAACAGAAUCCUUUGAUGCCACCGCCACCACUGCCUCAACCAGCUCAACAACAACAUACAAAGCCUCAACCAGCUCAACAACAACAACAACAACAACCACAAGUAGAACUAAACUAUAAAGAACCAGAUUGGAGUUGUGCACCUGAUUCAAACGAUGAAUACAGUCUAGAGGUGAUCAAGAAUGGUACAGUCUGUGAGAACAUCCCAAUCAACACCAAGAACUUCUAUCUCAUUGGUCGAUUGCCAAUAUGCGACAUUGUAACUGAUCAUCCAAGUAUCAGUCGACAGCAUGCUGUCGUACAACACAAAGAGUCUGGACAGGUACUCCUCUAUGACCUUUCAAGCACACAUGGUACAUUCAUCAACAAGAGACGUUGUCCACCAAAUACCUAUUGUCCCCUGCGCAGUGGAGACGUUCUCAAGUUUGGCGAAUCCACAAGACUCUAUGUAUUCAGCGGCGGUGCAGUUCCAGAGACUGAUGAUAGAUUGGCAUCGAAUGAGCCUGUCAGUGACAAGGAGCCGGCAUCAGUGUCCUCAUCCUUCAUUCAGUACUUCACUGCGGCAAGAUCCACAGAGGACAGUAUCAAGAUUCAGCAAAUGAUCAGAGAGUCACGAGGAAGUGGGUGGGGCACCGACGACAAGUUCGAUGCUCAUGAUAUUGAUGACCACGAGGAUACCAACGAGACUGGAGACUCAGAAAAGAGUCAGAUACAGGUGGAGCAGGAUCAUCAUGACGACGAUCAAGACGAGUUCUACAAUAGGACUGAACAGUUUAAGGAGGCAAAGUGGCUGAAGGAUCUGAUGCAAGACAGCUACCAAGAGUUAAUGAAUAAGAAGGAGAUGUAUAUUGCGGAUCGAGAGGAGUUGCAACUGCGAUUCAAAAAGUCGGCCGAAGGUGACAGUAAAGCCAACGACGAUGAUCAAGACUCUCUGGAGCAGUUUAUGAAACAGAAUGAUCAACAACUAAAGAAGAAUAUACAACAGGAGAUCAUGAGCCAGAUGAUGGGUGUGAGCAAGAGGAUAUCAAUCAUUGAACAGCAACUUCAACAACGACCAGAGUACAAAAAACAUCAACAGCAACAAAAGUUGAUGGAACGACAGAAACAAUUGGAGCAACGAGAGGAACGACUGUUGCAGCAGCAUCAACAGCAGCAACAACAGGAGCAAGACCAGUCACAACAUACAAAAUCACAGAAUGAGGGAAGAACUUUGGAGGUUCAUCCCAAGCCAGCAGCAGCAAUGGCGUCAAAGAAUAUAUUUAGACCAGACGUUAAUGAUGAAGAUAACAAGAAACCAAAGUCCAUUAUACCACUCUCUGAUGAUAUACCAGAGGAGUACCAGAUAAAGACAAAGAAGAGACCACAAACUCAACCAGAGGACCCACUGGAAAAGGCAAAAAAGCUUAGAGAGACCCUGCAAUCUAAACAAGAGUCAGAGUUUGUCGACUUGAUCGAGAGAGAAAGUCAGAUGAGCAAUGGUAGUGCAAAUAAAUAUGGAUAUUGA